UUAAAGGUCUUGAAACCUAAUUUGUUUUAUUGAUCAUGCACUUAAUUAGCUGCCAUGCACUUCAUGUAUAAAAUAAACGAAGAUCAUAUGCCUUCAAAGUCACCAAGCUAACUAGCCAUUAGCCAUGGGCAUACUUAGAGCUACUGGUAAGAAAAAUAUUGGCAUUCUAAAGUUGAGGGUUGUGGCAGAGAAACUACAGAAGAGUCUUUCACUGGGCUGGAAAGAAGCCUCCAAGUACAGAAAAAUUCAUGAAUAUCAUGGGAAAUGCUCUCCAUUGCCAAAGGAUGUGAAGGUAGGGCACUUUGCUGUGAUUGCAAUCGAAAAUGGUGAUCCUAAGCGAUUUGUUGUGCCUUUGAGCUACUUAAACCAUCCAAGGUUCUUGGUGCUGCUGGAGGAAGCAGCAGAAGAGUUUGGUUUUGGUCAUGAAGGUGCACUUAGCAUUCCUUGCCAGUGGAGAGAAGUUGAAAAGUUAUUAGCCAGCGACAAUUAAUUGAUGAAGGCCAUAUAUGUGUAUCUUUCUAAAGAUGAUGAUAAUUUUUCCCUGUUCUUUUCUCUAUGCUCUUGAUUUUAUUGUCUGUACGUACGUAGAAAUCAUGAUGUUUAAUGAUGCCUUGAUCGGAAAUUGAUGCUGUUUCUGCUUUAUGGUUGAAUUAACUAGUGUUGACA